AUGACGAAACCUACGUCGGGCCUCAACACUAUGACCAAUCUUUGCAAUCACAAGAGAAAAAUGAUGUUUAACAAUCCCGAAAAUAGAUUUAACAAAUAUUCCUUAGAAAUGGCAGAAAAUCGAAAAAAAAGAAAACUUUCUGGUGUCCAGCAACAAUAUUCGUUUCCUCCUUAUGAAGGUGAAAAAUCCGGAAAAGAAAACUUCUCUCAAGUUUCAAAUUCUCAUCAAAUGCAAUGGCCAGAUCAAUCUACUGUUCCUAGUCAAAUAAGAUUUUCGUCUCAAGGAACAUCUGCAAUGUUAAAUCCUCAAUCUCCGCAACCUAUGUUGAAUACUCAAGGACCAGAAGUAAUGUCACAAGGUAUGCAGCAUGUAGUGCCAAAUCCUCAAACCCCACCAAUACUAAACCAAAGUUCAUCUGUGAUGUCAAAUUCCCAAGGACCAAUUAUGCCUAAUUCUCAAAGUGCAAUGAUGUCAAAUCUUCAAGGAACUGUGAUGCCAAAUUCUCAAGAAAAUGUAAUGCCUAAUCCUCAAGGAACAAUAAUACCAAAUACCCAAUCCCAAUCAAUGGGUUUGGGAAAUCCAAGAGUUCCUCACUACCCAAACCAUUCAUACCAGCAAGACCUUGGAUAUGAACAAUCAUAUCGAAGCGGUUAUAGGUAUAACUCCCCUCAAUGUAGAUCUCAUGAAACAACUGCAUUACAACCGGACUCUUCAUGUCAACCACAUCACCAACCAUAUCAAAAUGAAAUGACAUCACAAGAAUAUUAUCAAAAAAAUACACAUAAUAUGUACCAAACAGAACAGAUGCAAUAUAAUAAUUAUGAUAGUCUAAGAACUCAAGGGAGUUGCCGUUUCAAUUGUUCUAGUCAUUGUGGACACUAUUGUAAUUCGAGUGAUCAAAAUCCUAGUUAUGGUAACCAAAUUAACUCAUAUCAACAGCAACCACAGUCACAACCUAUACGACAGAAUGAAUCUACUAAUCACGAAUAUUAUCCUGAUAUGUAUCAAGAUCAAAAUAAUUAUACAGAAUCUUAUCCAGACAAUAGAAAUAAUCCAACACAAGAAUAUCCAUCACAGUAUGAAUAUGAGCCUCAACCACCUCAGUCACAGUGCCAUCAUCAUAUGGAUUGUAAUUUAAAAAAUAAUGUUUGUACUACAAUUAAUAACCAAAGUCCUGUUGAAGUUCCACAGAUAAGACCACAAACUCCACAAGUUAAACAAGUACAACAACAAAUAAAUACACAAAAUAUACAACAAUCAAUUACAAAACAAUUAAGACCUCAACAUAAAUCAACACCUCCCUGGCAGCUUAAUAAACAUCAACAAAUACCGCAACAACAAAUACCGCAACAACAAAUACCACAACAACAAAUACAGCAACAACAAAUACAUCAACAACAAAUACAGCAACAACAUAUACAGCAACAACAAAUACAGCAACAACAAAUACAGCAACAACAACAUAUACAGCAACAACAAAUACAGCAACAACAACAUAUACAGCAACAACAAAUGCAGCAACAACAAAUACAGCAACAACAAAUACAGCAACAACAACAUAUACUGCAACAAGAAUGUUCUAAACAAGUAGUUGAGGAUCGAGUACCUCCCAUCCAUCAUCAUAUUCCCCAAGUUUCCAGAGUAGAAGAAAAAAAUCGAAAGCCACUUAAACAAUCUACUAAAACUGUUAAUUUUGGUAGAAAAUCUAAGUCUCCAUCUGAAGAGGACAGUUACCCAUCAUUUUUGGAUGAUCCAAGUGGCUAUUUAGCACAACAGACAGCUUUACUGAAUAAUACAAUAAGUACCAAUUCAUUUUCACCAUUAUCUCCUCCUGCAAGACCAUACAGACAAGAAAAACCUAGGUACACAACAAAUGUUACAACAAUGGCUAGUGGUCGAACAGCUAGUUCAAAUACAAUUACUUCAGUGUUGGCUGGUAGAGCUAAUACAUCUGUGGUAACGGUGAACACAUCUGAAGACCAAGUAUUACCACCUAGUCGACAACAACCAGUCACAUCCAAAACACCUUUAGAAAUGGUGCAAAGUGUUGUAAGUAGCAUACAAGUUCCUACGUCUUCAGAAAAAUCAAGUAUUCAACCAAGCCAUAUAUUAUUGACAAGUAAUGGACAAUUUAUAAUGGCUUCAACUAAAAUACAAUCACCCAAUACUUCCCAAGUUCUUUCAACAGUGCAACAACAACCUACUGUCCUUGUAAAUACUUUACAGGGAGGUCAAAGUACCUUACUACUUCAACCAGGAAAUGUUAUGACUGUUGAUCAAGUACAGGUACCACAACUUGCUGUUGCUACAGGAAAUAUAGAUAAUAGUGGAGCAUUUUCACCAAGAGGCUCAAAUCUACUAUCUCCGCCAGAUUCCAAACGUAAAACUACUAAUUCUAAAAAACGAAAAUCACCCCAAAUAUCUCCUAAUCAUCAGAACAAUUCUAGUGUAUUGUUACAACCUCAACAGCAAAACUUUAAUCAGCCUGUUGUCCAAACAUUAAUACUACCAAAUAAAACCACCCAAUAUGGUAACCAACAACUGAUAACAAAUGUGAUACAACCUGUUAGUCUUGUUCAUAAUCUUCCAUCUAUCCAACAAUUCAUUGUACCAGCAAAUUUGGGUGGUGUAGUUAUGGCCGACAAUUCCAUUCUACAAGACGCAGUACAAUUAAAUGUUAUAUCCCCAUUUUCUAAUACUGGUCAAAAUUUAUUACCUACUGGUAUGGUAUUAAGGACCCCUCAAACACAACAAAGAGCACAGCAAAGUAAUCAAUUUAUCGUAAAUAGUGUUGGCCAAUUGAGCCCUAUUUUAGCUAGCUUGAGCCCUAAUCAGUCACAAAACCAGAAUAGGAAUCAGCAGCAAAAUGAUUACAUACAUGUAGUACCAUGUUCUAUUCAACAAAAUCAAGAAAAUACCACUGUAGUUCAACAAAACACAACCAUCGUUCAACAGCAGAUGACCAUGGUAUCUGGACAACAAGGCAACGAGCAAGGCAAUUUAAUUAUAAAUGAAAAACAAGGUCAAAAUUAUAUUAUUGCCGAUAAUAAACAACAAGGGUUUAUUCUGAGUCCUAAAGAUAAGCAACAGUCGGGUGGCACACAUUUUAUUUUAAAUAAUAUGAAUUCUGAGAAGCAAACCCAAAGUUUUAUAAUUACAAGUCCAACUUCUGGCGAUAAACAGCUUUGUGGAAAUUUCAUUCUUGAAAAAACCAAUUCAUCAGGGAAUUUCAUUAUUACUACAACAAAUUCUGAUAAAAAUUCUAAAUUUGCUAAACACUCUGUGUCUACACAAACUGCUGCUGGACAACAAGUGUUACAGAUUUCAUCUACACCAGCCCUAAUUGUUGCUACAAACCGUAAUGCUUAUGUUGGUAGCCCACCUGAUACAACAACUUUAAGUCCGGUGAGUGGACAAAGUCCUUCAGCUAAACCAGAAAUGCCUUCAAGUUCUAUAACAGCUGAUUUGGACGCUGCAUUAUCACCAUCGUCAACUUUAUCUGAUAUGCAAAAUAGACAACCAAUGGUUCAUUGUAUUUCAAGUAGUAACGUAGUGGAUUGGUCUGAUAAUUCUGCAGAUGAAAGAAAAACUAUAUCCAAUGCUUCUGACUCACCAAACAUGUACUCCAUUGAACAUUCAUUUCCUAGAUGUAAGUAG